AGCAAAAAAGUGAUGGUUUGUAUAGAAUAUAAGACAAGGAAUGUAAUUCAUCUAGCGUUCGGUUUCAUUUGUGUUUUCUUCGCAUUCAACUCGCAAGGAUUCAUCGAACCAACCGUACUCUACUCUGCUUCUAAAGAUGGCGUUGUCCACGAGCAAUCCGGAUCGUCAAUAAAUUCAAAUGCAUCUUUCAGUUUGGCGAUAAUUUAUGCCUUCGCAAUGGCUGCGAAUUUGGUGGUGGCACCAAUAAUUGAUUUUAUUGGUGCCAAAUGGUCAAUGGUCCUCGGUGGACUCACAUACACGUUAUUCCAAGUGGGAAUGUUAUUUCUGAACGAACCGUAUUUGUACUUCUCAUCCGCGUUACUCGGUGUUGGAUCUGCAUUUAUUUGGACGGGUCAAGGAAAAUACCUCACAAUGAAUUCCACAAAAGAAACCGCACCUCGUAAUAGUGGCUUAUUAUGGGGACUUUUGCAGUCGUCGUUGCUUGGUGGAGGUAUAUUUCUGUUUGGAAUAUUCAGUGGAAUGAAACAAGAAACAAUAAACACUGAAACGAGGAUGAUUAUUUAUGGCGUCUUUGCGGGCGUUAGUUUGGUUGGCAAUCUACUACAUCUCAUCCUACCGACAAAAGGACUUAUUGACGAACAGGCGGAUGACCGACAGCAGAUGUCGCAGUGGCGAUUGUUGUGGGGAGCUUGUUUUGGCUUAAUGGGCGAUAAGUUUCGUCGAUUCGGUCGUAUACCGAUAAUUUUAGUUGGCUUUGUGACACACAUAAUUUGUUUCAUUUUGACAUACAUCAACUUUCCGCCUACGUCGAAUAUCGCCGAGACUUACGAAAGUGCAAUUAUCCAACCGAACAUAGCUCUCGCACUGGUGGUGGGUGGGUUAUUGGGUUUCGGUGACGCGUGUUGGAACACUCAACUUUACUCGAUCCUAAUUGAUGUUUACCACGAUCAAGCAGCUCAAGGAUUCUCAAUUAUGAAAUUCAUUCAGGCCGCGUUUGCGUGUGCAUCAUUCUUCUAUACACCGUCGACACGUCUACCGAUAAUUCUAUUGAUAUUAGUCAUAUUUUUAGUCUUAUCAACGGUAUCUUUCAUCUAUGUUGAAAACGUAACAUCACAUCACCUCAAUAAAACUAAAACAAAAAGCAAGACGAAUGAAAUCGAAGUGAGUCAACUCGAAGAUGACGCAACCACAAAUACAAAUGAUACAAAUCGGAUGCACAACGAUUCUGCUACAGAUACUUAA